GACGUCUUGAAAGUGCACGUGCACUUAAACACGCAAUGUUCUGAAAAACUCUUUAAAUGCAGUGAUUUUGAUGUCUUAAACGACUUUUAUACUUGACAUUAUUAACAGUAUUGUUGUUAAAAUUUUUUGAAAGGAGGAAUUUUCAUUGGAAAGUAUAAUUUAUAAUAAAUCAUCGGAAAAAAGCUGUUUAGCGAUUUCCACGAUGACGGACGCUGUUUGCAGUGCUCUUGGAAUUGAUAGAGUUGAUUUGAGAGGAAAAUUAACGCUAAUUGAAGAACAACAUGGAAGCGAUGCUAACUUUCUUGUAAACUCAUUUAUUUCAUCUUCUUUAGAAAAAGGCCAAGGAAUAUGUCUUGUUUUGUUUCAUAAUACUUUUGGUCAUUAUCAUAAUAUAGGUAUGAAAUUGGGUUACAAUUUAAAUGUUUUACGAGAAAGAGGUCAAGUUUCAAUUCUAGAACCCAUGAAACUGAUAGCGAACAAUAUUCAUGAUCUUGGACAUGAUUCUGUGGAUGCUGCAAAUGUGGAAUUUAAUGAAAAAAAUACUGAGGAUGAUAUCAGUAAUCUGAAUAUUAUGGAACAUGGACCAAGUCUUGUACAUAAAUUGAUUGUUCCUUUAAAAAAACAAAUUUACGAAUUAUUGAAAAAUCAAGAUUCCGUUAUGGUUAUUAUUGAUGAUUUGAGUCAUCUUUUUGACCUUCAAAUGAAUCUCAGAGAUGUGUGGUUUUUUGUUAGAUACAUAAGAACUUUUGUUGAGUUUGAACAUUCAUUAUCAAUGUGUAUUUUAACACAUACUUAUAAAGCAGAUCCUGAUUCUUGUCAACCAGAUCUUAUUGCAGUUGGCUUGAAACAUAUUGCUCAAUUGAUUAUUGUCGUUGAACCUUUAAGUACAGGUCUCGCUAAAGAUGUUUCUGGAAAAAUGAAUGUUCGAUGGAAAAUGGAUUCUAUUAGAACAAAAUAUAAUUGGCCUGAGAAGCUAUCUUAUCUUUUCAAAUUAUUGGAUCGUCAAGUUAAAGUUUUCCCUCCUGGUAGUUCAACUAUUCUUUUUUAAAAAUGUGACAAAAUCCUUUAUUGAUUAAUGACAGAACUUUUAAGAGACAGGAAACUGUAAUAAUAAAAAUUUGUCAUUAUCAAAGAAGAGUUUUUUUUAUCUCAUUUAUAAAAAAAAUUAAAACAAAAAAAAAACAAAAAGAAUUUUUACAAUUAAAAGUAUUUUUAAAAUAAUUAAAGAUUGCGUUAGGUCAACGGAUUACAAAGAAAUGUUUAAUCUUCGAGAGUGAAAUGCUUUUAUAAGACACUGAAUAUUUAAGAUAAUUCGAGUUUCAAAGACUGUGUUACUUUUGUAUUUAAUUAUUAUCAUUAAACGAUUCAAUUUUCUCAUUAUUUGUCAAUUUAAACAAACAACGAUAAUUAUCUAAUCAAUAAAUCAUUAUUCUCAGUA